GAAAAGAAGGCGGAAAAGCUUAAAUGAGGCUAUUGAUCAUUCUGCUGUUAUUUCUUUUCUUUUUUUUUAAGGAAAGAUAAUGAGAAAAUUUUAUGAUAAGGCAUAGAGGUCGAAAGUGAAAAGACGUGCAGAUGACGCGUGCAGAGCGCAACAAGUAUAAAGCUAUCCAAGAUAAAACAUUUCAUACACAGAACUCAUUAAAAGAAUAAACGAUUGGAAAUGCACACUGAGCGAAUUAUUAACUCGAUGUAAAAAAAUUUGGCAAGCUCUCGUCAACCAAAAAAAUUUCCGUAAAAAUGAUCAGAAGAAAUUUUAUAAGAAUCACACAAAACAACCUCACUGACAUUUCACGCGGAUCAACAGGUAGACGACGCGAUAACAGAUCAUUAUCUGCAUUGGACUCGUAAGUUAAAUUGUAUGCAUGACAGACAGAUAAGCUGACUGAUAAAUUCAAAGCGAUUUCGUGUUGCAAGUGAGGGUUGUCCAGUGUCAAACGCUAUUCCCGUGCAAAAUAUUAUACUCAAUAGUAGUUCGCACAAGUUUUUGUCUUGCUAGUCUCGUGUGCAAUUAAGCUUAAAAUGUCAUCGACUAAUCCUGUAAACGUAGAUGGCAUUCAAUUCAAUCGCAAUGAUUACUUGGGGAGUGAUGGUUUCGGCUCAGUGUUUCGUGGUAAAUAUAAAGACCAAAGCAUAGCAGUCAAAAGAAUUGAGAAGAGAGCUGACAGAAAACCACUAGUUGUCAAAGAGUUAAACAUUCUGAAGCAGUUAGAACAUCCUAACAUAGUUAAACUCCUUCAUUCCGCAAGCGAUGACGACUUCGAUUACUUUGCUUUAGAAUUGUGCGACGCAUCCUUGGAUCAAGUGUUCCCUAAUCAGGGCGAACCUCGGGAAUAUAAUGGACCUAUGUUACCGAAUAAUUUUGAGGUUUUCUCCCAGUUAGCCUCUGGUCUUAAACAUAUUCAUUCACGGAAUCUAAUCCACCGAGACAUUAAACCGGGAAACAUUCUAAUUUCUGUGAAACCUACUGACCAAGGCAAUGAGACAACGAUGAAAUGGGCUGAUUUUGGAUUGUCCCGAGAAGUGAGUGAACGAGGAACAUAUAAAAUGAGUGGAAUCAGAGGGACUACACUUUGGUUCUCUCCCGAAGAGUUGGAAAUACUCUCCGGAAAAAACAUACUGAUUAUUCAACAAACUAAAGGCUCCAUCAAAAGCGACGUUUACGCAGAAGGACUCGUCUUCGGUUAUAUUCUUUUGAAAGGAAGUCAUAUCUACGGUGAAAAUGAUUCAGAAAUUAGGAGUAACAUCAUGAAUGACAAGUCUGUUAAUAUGAAUCAAAUUCACGAAUCGCAUUGGGCACGUAACUUGAUAAAGAAAAUGUUGUCCAAGACACCUGAUACAAGAAUCACGUCUGAAGAAGUCGUUAUUCAACUUCAAUCCAUAAAAAUUCAACUAAAAGAAGGAGAACAAAAACUGCUUCGGCUGUGUGCAGAUACGUGUCCAACGUCGGAUUUUAGAAAUGAAAUCAAAACUUUAAUACGACUCGGCAUCGACUUGAACGCAAAGAACAACGAUGGAUGGAAUGCGCUUCAUCUUUUGUGUCGUUACAAUUCAACCCCCCACUUAAUCGAGGCAAUUAAAGUC